AUGGGAUUCUGCAAUUGCCCUGACGUCACACGGGCAAAAGUCGAUCGAGAAAACGGGUGUAUCAUCGUGGAUAUGGAGAAGCUUAACACACAUGCAUAUGAGGGGUUUCGUUUUGAAUCAGGAUACCAGGGUGUAUGGCUGCUGGGAUAUUUGGAUGAUUGGAUCCCUAGUCGGGGUCCUCUGCGACUAGGAAGAUUACUUGGGCACCUGCUUACUACUGAUGAGUGA